AUGGCUGCCCUCCGCCCCAACCUCAUCUACAUCGCUGCCCUGCUCCUCAGCGCAGUGACCCAGACCUACGCCUUCGCCCUCCCAGCGCUCGAAGACCCCUUUGGCAGCCCUCUCCUCGACGCUCGCUCUAGCAACAAUAACAACAAGAAAUCCUCCACCGCCAAGAAGCUCGCCAAGGGUGCCAUCAUCGGUAUCGCGGUCGGUGUUGCCGUGUUCGUCCUCAUCAUCGUUGCCCUCAUCGUCUGCUGCUGCAUGCGAAGGCGCAAAAGCAAGAAGGCUCGCGAGAUCGCUCAGUAG